AUGCCUGUAUCUGCGGAUAUAGAUGAAGAUAAAGCAGAUCUUGGCGUUUUAGAUGAAACUUUGAGAAAAACAAGUGAAUUAACAAACAAGAUUUCGUCAAUUCUUACACAAUUGAAUCAUCGUCUAGAAAAAGUUGAAAAUACAAUUAAGCCUAUUUAUAAGACUACUUUAUUAUUAAAAAAAGAGUCAGAAAAUAUUCGAGGCACUAUUAUUGCAGUAGAAAGAACAAGACAAUAUUUUAAUAUUGUUCCAGAAGCAGAAGAUGUUAUUAAAAAAGGGCCAGAAGGAGAUUUAACAUUGUUUCUUGAUACAUUGAAAAAAACUAAUAAUAGUCUUAAUAUUCUCCGUUCAUCGAAUUUUCGAAGUUCUGAAAAGUCUAUACUUAGACUAACACAACUCUGGAAAGGUGGAUGCUUACAAUUAUAUGAGUUAUUCAAAAAUUCUUUAUUGGAUUUUUCAAUUCCUGUAGAGCCACUGUAUUAUACAACUAAAAACUUGGACUUUCCUCUUCUUCCUGAACUCCCAUGUUCAAUUCUUAUGUCUAUAUCAUCGUUUUUUUAUUCUACUUGUUUAGACUCUUUGAAGGAAAUUGAAAAAAAUUAUUGUGAUACUAGAUCUGGGUAUACUUCAGAAUCCUUAAAAUUACUAUCAAAAGCAUCUUUAAGCACUGCUGUUAAAAGAGAGAUGAAAAUGUAUGAAAAAAAUAGUAACGGAUUUGUUGUAUAUACUCAAGCAUUACUCGGGAUGCUUAAGGCUGAAUCAACGAUUGCUCAGAAUAUUUUUCCCGAGAAUUAUGGUAAUAUUUUACUAACAUUGAUUUAUUCCACUAUUGUUACAUAUUGUGAUACAAUACAGAAACUUGAUCAUCAUAUUCAUCAAAAUAUGGUUACUGAUUUCACACUUUCAUAUGAAAUUAUUGAAGAGCUUUCAAAAAUAAUAACAGUUAUUGAUUUGCAUGGUAGCGAGGGGCCUACAGUGAAUGAGUUACAUAAAAGUAUGGAAAUAAUGGGGAAAACUGGAACAUUUGCUUUGAGCGAUAUGCAUGAAAGGAUUCGCAAAAGAUGUUCAGCGAUGACUUCAAUAUCUUCGGACGGAAAUGUCUCUGAAAUAAUAACUGAGUCUGUUACUCGUUUGGUACAUAUGAAUAAUUAUCCAGAAACAGUUUCUUAUUUAAUUAUGACUAUGAAAAAUGAAGGAUGGAACAGUUUUCUAUUUGCAACAAAUCAAAAUGCGUUUCCUCCGGGAACUGAUGAAAAGGUUGUUUUCAAAAAAUUUUGUUCAGAAACAAUUGAAAUUUUAUAUUCUCAAUUAGAGCAAAAAGCACGAACUCUUACAAAGAAAACCAAUCUCUUGCCUAUUUUUCUUUUAAAUAAUCUAGCUUAUAUAGAAAAAAAUAUUAAAAAUACAGCUUUAUCAAUUGCUGUAACAUCAGAUGUCACUGAUAGAUUUGUAAAAAUAAAAAAAAGGAUUGUGAAUGAAUUUUUGGACUCAUGGAAAGGAUGUGCUGAACAGUUAUUAGACGUUACCUAUGUUAAAGGCGGAAUUACAAGCUCUACAAAACUAUCACUUGCGCCUAAAGAGCGUGACAUUAUAAAAGAAAAAUUUAAGAGUUUUAAUAACGAGUUUGAUGAACUUUUGAGUCUAUGCAAAACAUUUGUUAUUUAUGAUUCAGAACUUAAAUCUAGUUUAGUUGGAGAGGUAAAACGUAUUAUUGUUCCACUUUAUACACGAUUUUAUAAUAAAUAUUAUAAUAGCGAAUUCUCAAAACAUCAAGGAAAGUACAUUAAAUAUGAAAAAAAUGAUAUUGAUAUGAAUCUAACAUAUCUUUUUGAUUAA